AUGGCAUUUGACCAUGGAGACCCAAUUAUCAUCGAUGACGACGACGCCAGCAGCGAGACACUCCGGGGCGACUUUCGCAUUGAAGAUGUCUUCAAUCUGGAUGACUUUAUGGCGGACGACGAUUUUGAGGACUACCUAACGACCCUAUCUGCGAAUGCCACAAACCCCAUACGUCAUCAGGCGCGAUCUACGUUGCUAGGACUGACUCAGAGAAGGGAUCAAAUACCGGAAAUCCAGAUCAGGGGGAAAACAUACAAAAUGGGCAAGUCUGUUGAGCUGAACGAUGCGACCUUCCUACGCAUCCAUGAAGUAUUGCGGGAUGCUAGCGGUGAGAUAUUUCUUCGAGGACAACGGUUUCAACGUUUGGAGCAUAUGGACAGCCUGGUUCCUGAUAGGAUGAAUGAAGUAUGCUGGACGAUUGACCUGAACUUGCAAGAGAUGGAUAACGGAGAUGGAUUUGAAGAGGUGUCAGUGAAUGAGAUAAAAGGUUUACGGAUUAUUCGUCUGACCAACCAUCCUUACACAAAAAUGAACAUCGGCACCACACCCGGGGGUUUCCAAACCAAUGAAGAAUGCCGCAGAGAGGGUUUGCUUUUCUGUCGUGUCAAGUAUAUUCGCAUUUGGAGCAAGUCGCGAAAACCGCGUAUCACAGAGGAAGCGCUGGUCUUUUUGGAGAAGGAUGAAUGUGACCCUGGCUUCUCCACUGAACCUGUCGCGCUUCGCCACGAUUGGAGAGGACUAACAGAGCUGGGAGGCAGCCACAAGUUACCAUUUAUAGAUCUCACAGGAAGCAAUGAAAGACGAACCAAAUAUACCUUUGGGGAUGGAUUUUGUGGUGCUGGUGGUGUCUCCCGCGGAGCCUUGCAGGCCGGGUUACAUGUGCGUUGGGGUUUUGAUAAAUGCCCAAAAGCCAUGGAUACCUACCGUCUCAAUUUCCGAACAGCAGUCGGAGAGACUUGCGAGGUGGUGCAUUUCCUUACCAAUGAGACAAAGGAUAUCAUGGUUGAUAUCAUGCACUUCUCACCUCCAUGCCAGACUUUCUCGCCUGCGAAGACCGUUGCUGCGUCUACCGACCAGGCUAAUGAGGCUUGUAUCUUCUCCGCGAGGGAGCUGCUGUUGAGGGUAAAGCCCAGAAUUGCGACGAUGGAGGAGACAUCGGGCCUUCAAGAAAGACAUAAAGAGUUUCUUUACGCUACAAUACACACCUUUGUUGAUCUGGGCUACUCGAUACGAUGGAAGCUCUUAUCUUGCGAAGAUUACGGUGUCCCUCAGCAACGGAAACGUCUCGUGAUGAUCGGAGCCGGACCCGGCGAACCUCUCCCUCCCUUCCCCAAACCCACACAUGGCCCUCCAGGGUCCAACCUCCUCCCACACCGCACCAUCCUCGACGCAAUCGGCGACAUCCCCGAAAACGCUCCCGACCACGAUCCCGAACGCGCCUACUUCCGCAACAUAACCAAGCCCGCAUUCCCCCCGCGCUCGUUCGCGAAGACCAUCACGUGUAACGGAGGAGACAACUUCCAUCCCAGCGGCACCAGGGGCUACACGCACCGCGAAGCGGCGUAUUGGGAAUGCGGUGCCGCCGAUGCUCGCGAAGGCGGUGUUUAG